AUGUUGAGACGCUCACUGGUGGAUUUUUUGUGUCCUGCGUUAUCCCGGUAUGCCAUAUGGUCCCAACAAAAGCCACAAUGUGCAAACAUUCAUAUGUCCUCAACCAAUCAGGACUGGAUUCGCCGCAAUACACCGCGUAAACCAGUCUUGUAUAAAAUCCCAAAAGUUUACACUUUGCUUGAGGAGGAAAUGAUUGAUACUGUUCUUCCGAAACCAGAAGUUCCUGUAGACGAAAAACUUGUGCAAAGUGUAAUUAAUUCAGUCAAUUCCUCCAUCACUGAAAACCGUUCGCGUUAUUUUGCCGUGGUGCAUCUUGCUGGCAAACAGUUCAAAGUUACAACGGACGAUUUAAUCAUGGUGAAAACCCCGCUGUUUGGUACGGAAGUUGGCGAUCGCAUCCGUCUGGAGAAGGUUCUUCUCCUUGGAUCAAAUGAAUUCACUCUUAUUGGGCGUCCUUUGUUGAGUAAUCAGCAGGUCUACGUUGAGGCACAGGUGGUCGAAAAAACAUUGGAGCAUCCGAAACUCUGGUUCCAGUUCCAUCGUCGACGACGUCACAGGCGAAUGCGAGGUUCGCUCGGUUAAUGGUCUCUCUAAUUACUUAUCAUUUAGUGUUUCAGGAUAAUGUAGUCGUUCUUCGGAUAACGGACAUUCGUGCCAAUAAUUUAAAGGAGGACACAUAGUGGCAAGUUGCUAUGGUAGUGUCAUCUGUACCAUAUUCCCAAUUUAUUAUGAUACCUAUUACUAAUAUACUUUACCCUCAAG